AUGUCGAGUCUCUUAAACGUCUGUGUCUGCAUUCCCAGUGGCAGUUGGAAGAAGGAAAAAAUGAUGGGCUUCUUGGUACCUAUUAUGCACUACGCUGCAGCUGCCGAAAUUGGCCAUCUUCUCUCCACAGAGAAAGCUAGGCCGAUUCUUUCUGAAUUUUCUCGCCUCGCAAUCUCGGCUCUCUAUGAGCUUGUCGACGCACGUGCGGCCAACAAUGAGCAGCAUGUCUUCACUAGAACAAUCGCACAUCUCGGAAAGCUCUUAGCGACUUUUGACAGUGGCAGUGAUAUAAUCUCCAUGAGCUUCACCUGGAUUCGUGAACCUCCACCUAGGUUCUUUUGCUUAGUCUGGGAGCGCGAACCACUUGCGCUAAUCAUCCUCGCGCAUUACUAUGUUAUUCUUCACCAUCUCAGAGCGCACUGGUGGAUUUCAUUGUGGGGUCAAUGCGCGCUUGCUGAAAUAUUUAUGAUUCUGCGCCCUGACUGGAAACCCACAUUAGCCUUGACUAGGAGAGUGACCGAUUUUGUCUUGCAAUGGCUAGGUCUGCACUCGGGCCAAGGACUAGCUUUGCAUACUAUCCGAUGA